CAUUAUUUUCAAUAUUUCGUAUUUGAGUUCGCCUCGUUUGUUGUGAUUGUGCUUCGUCUCACGCCUAUCAGUUCUUUGCUUUUGGUGUAUUUGUUUAAACAAUGUGUACACACACAUAACAUAGUAGCCAAAUAACGUUGGUUCAGUGUAUAUACAAUGUACAUAAAUGUUCGUAUAUAAUACGCUACAAAGUGCUUUAUAUGUAUGUACAUACAAUAAUAGUGAGAAUUAAAACUCAGAACUUGUGACAGAUGAACGCGAUGAAUGCUCAAGUUUCAGACCAACGACGUUGCUAAAUUAACGAAAUAUAUUCUUAUAUAAAUUGCAUAUGCAUAUAUAUGUGUGCGUUGUAUUAAAUGUACUGGAGUGAACAAUAACUCAAGGUGCUCGCGUUGUGUUAAUGUGAACUAACAAAAUAAAUUCAACUAUAUCACACUAUGGCGGGAAUGUUUCGUUCAACGUCUCUCAACAAUUCAAAUAAUUCUCCUCGACCGCCAUAUAAACGAUUUUCAAUAUCUAAUUUUUCGGGCGGCUCGUUGAGCACAAGUCCCGGCGGAAUUCAAGAUGCCACCUUGGAAAAUUCAUAUACCAGUUUCGAUGCUGGACGUGCGCCUGGAGGCAUACAUUCGCCGCUGCAGGGUCGCUCCAUGCGGGAGUUGGAGGAGCAGAUGUCGACGUUGCGCAAGGAGAACUUCAACUUGAAACUGCGAAUCUACUUCAUGGAGGAGAGCCAACAAGGCGCGCGCGGAAAAAAUACAGACGAGUCAUUAGCGAAGCAACUAAUAGAUUCGAAAAUUGAGAUUGAAGUUCUGCGAAAGAGAGUCGACGAGAAGACGGAACUUCUAAAGGAUGCGGCUCGAGCUAUUACGCAACAUGAAGAGAUACAGAAGAGAUCGGACAUCGAAAGUCAAUCAAUGAUUGAACAGAUGCAGCAAUACAUACAUCAGUUAGAGUCAAGUGCCAAGCAGAAAGCAACUAGGAAAUCCCUCGACGUGCUGUCUUCGGAGAAACUCAAGAGUUUGGAAGAUCAGGUGCUUAAAUUGGAGAAUGCUCUGAUGGAGGCCGAUUUGCGGGAGACAGAGUGCAAUAAGCAACUUGAUGCAAUGGGAAGUGCACUAGCAGAUCGACAGGAGAACUUGGCGGUGUGUGAGGCCAAGAUUGAGGAACUGGCGAUCAAAAAUGCCGAACUCGUGGAGCAACUUGAAAAGGAAACGGAAGCCGAUGCUAUGGCAAGCGAUGAUUCCACGCCCAAGCUUCGCAUUCAGUUGGCCGAUAAGAUAUGCGAGCUACAGGAUGCCCAAGAGAAAUUGGCUGAACGCGAGCGGGUCCAUGAGAAAGCUUGUCGCACGAUUCAAAAGCUGAUGCAGAAACUGAACAGUCAGGAGAGCGAGAUCAAGCGCAUGAAGCAGACGCAAUCGAACCAAGAGAAGGUAAUGACAUCACCAUCUGCACAGCGCCAUUCUUUGAGUGAUACUGAGACGUGCACUGAGGACAUCUCACACAGCCUGAAACAACGCUAUGAGCUGCAGAUUCUAGAACAGGACGAACUUAUCAAGCAACUGCAAUCGGAGGUGAAGAAGAAGACCGCUAACUUGCAGAAUCUUGUUAACAAAGAACUGUGGGAAAAGAAUCGUGAGGUAGAGCGACUCACCAAGCUCGUCAGUCAUCAGCAGUCUGUGGACCAUUCAGGAGAGGACUCAACAACAGGCGCUGAGUUGCAGCACUCCUUUUCGGAAGCGGAUUACGUGAAAGCUGUGAAGCGCAACAAGUUGUUGCAACAAAAAGCCGAUGUGCUGCUUCAUCGCCUGAACGAGAUGCAGCAGAAUGAUGCCUUGAUUUCACAGCUACGCCACGACCUGCACGCCAUGCAAGCCGAUGUGGAGAGCGCAAACAAAUGGCGGCUUGAGUGUGCUGAUGUUUGCAGUGUUCUCACAAAUCGUCUCGAGGAACUCGCAGGUUUCCUUAACUCGCUGCUUAAACACAAGGAUGUCUUGGGUGUUUUGGCUGCUGAUCGUCGUCAUGCAAUGCGUCGUGCAAUUGAUCGCAGUUUGGACUUGUCGAAGAGCCUGAACAUGACUUUGUCCGUAACGGGCGUUUCAUUGGCUGAUCAGAGUCUGGCACAGCUAAGCAAACUCUCCGAGAUAUUGUAUACUGAGGCUGAUGAAUGCAAUCGUACUUAUAACUCACACGAAGAGAUAAAUGCUUGCGGAACCGCAAAUGUAAAGCAAGAAAACAAGCUUCUCAAGUCGGAUGGACAAUUGCGCAAGGAGCGACGAUCGCUGCCUUUGCCACAACAGCAGCAGGACAAUCAGAGCGAAUCAGAGGCAUGGUCAGAGCCUGACCGCAAGGUGUCCUUGGCCCGUAUUGGACUAGAAGAUACUUCCAGCAGUUUCGUAUACGCUGAAAAACAUCGCAGUGAAUCCGAUAGCGAAGGACACGCCUGCUCAGUGAAUUCCCUAAAGCAGGAGCGCAGUCGCAAUAGUGAGAAAAUCACGCAGCUCGAGUCUCUGAUAGCACAGCGUGAUGAACGUAUAUUGCAAGCACAAUGCCAAUUGGUAGAUGCGGACAAUCGUUUGAAGCAGGAACAGUUGCGUGUCAUUGAGGUAACUCAACAGUUGGAAAAGCUUCGCGCACAAAACGAAACUUUGAUCGCUGAUCUACAGGCCAUUGGCAGUCAGGAUGAUAGAGAAAUAGUUGAGCUGCAGCAACUAAUUGAACAGAAGACACAGCAGAUUGAUCAGCUGCAAUUGGCGCAAAAUACGUUACGUGCUGAUGCACAGAUCACUGAACUUGAACUGAAGGAAGCACAGCAAAAAAUUGCAGAAAUGGACGAAGAGAAUACUGCAAGUCUUGAAAGGGCUCACGCUGAAUUGACCCAAUACCAACAUGAAGCAGCGCAGCGCUUGGAAGAACUGCAAAAGCUGCAGCAAGAAGAGUUGGCGCGAAACUGGGUGGCAUUGACCAAGUACGAGGAGGUUAAGACACAAAUUAUCGAGUUGCAGCGUUCUGUGGAGUUCUACCAAGAAAGUGAAAAGGAACUUAAGCAAACGCUUGUUGAAAAUGAGCUGACUGCACGUUCACUCAAAAAAGAAGUCGACGAGAGCACUUUACAAGCCUCCAAAGCCAUCGUGGAACGUACAAAAGCAUAUAACGACAAACUACAGCUAGAGAAACGUUUGGAUGAAAUGAAGGUGCAGCUGACAUUGCUGCAGGACGAGCAAAGACUGCAGCAACAGCAGCAACAAUAUCCUCAGUGUAGUCGUAUCAAUAGCAUCGAUGCCUCCCAAUCGGGCUACACAUCUGAGGAGGUCCCAUUACAAUUGGCCAAUAAUAAAGCCAACGCUCCAUCUAGCUCAGCGACUGCUGGACGUAUUAACAACCCAUCACCGGAUUUGGGCAUUGAGAGCGAUGUGGGCCGAGGUGUAAGCGUGGAACUAUCAAAUGCCCAGCGGGCACUACUUAAGACUGUGGAGCUUACAGCAAAUAAUGAAGACACCGAUAAUAUGGACUUAAAAGAAGAUUCGUCGCCUGACUCGGAGGCUGCUGCAGCAUCGUCUGUGGGACAAAUAACAAUAGUUCACGACUGUGCAAAGGUAGAAAAAGAAAUGGCCGAAUUAAAACGUAAAUUACUGCACACCAAACGUUCAUUUGAAGACACCUAUAAAAGAUUGUGUGCGGUUAACAAAGCUAAAGCACAGGUUGAAAAAGACAUCAAGAAUCAAAUACUUAAAACCCACAAUGUACUGCGCAAUGUUCGUUCGAACAUGGAAAACGUGUUAUAACAUAUUAUUUGAUCGAAGCACAACCAUAACAUUAUCAUCGCCAUGAAAAUCGUCCACAAAUUGACAAAUGUUCAUUUUGUUAAUAUCUCACAAAUUUACUAUUUACCUGUAUUUUACUAUUUUACUACUAUUAUCUCCAUUUUAUGUUCUUUGUAAAUUACCUCAUGUGAAAGUUACUUGCGCAACGAGUUAUUAAUCUAAAUAAUAAUACUUGCAUUUUCCUAAGACUGUAUAAAAUAAAAUGUAAAAUAAUAUAUGCAAGUAUAUCUAUACCCUUUUAAUGUACUGACAUCUAAACCUAACUGGUACUGUAUUCACCAGAAACCUUCGUUCAUAUUGAAUGACUAUAAAUACAAACAUACAUAUAUAGUAGACAAUAAGCACAAUACUAACUAUUCAGAAAAGUAAACUAAUUACAUUCAUAUGUUGCAUGAACACAUUUCGCUCCUCGGUAGUAAAUUAAACUAUAUCACUCCAAAUGCCAUCUUGCCAUAUCAAAUUAACGAUAAUAUGAGACUAAUCUAUUAAUUUGUUUUCUUUAAUCAAUUAUCCUAAUACUUCUUAUUUAUUUCCCGAAUUCGCCACGAAUAUCGUUUCCAGUUUACAAUCGGAACGGACAUAGAAAUUAUAUUAUGAUCUGCUUGUUCUCAAAUAAUCUCUUCUGUACAAUAAUGUAUAAUCUGUACAAAUUUGUUGUCAAGAAGAUUACUAGACUUAAGUUUUGUACCAUGAUCCGAUAAAUAAAAUUCAUUGUAAAUCGUUUUAAACAAAA